AGCCUCAAAUCUAGUAGAUGUCAUCUAUAUUGCAGAUGAUCAAAUGGCAUGAUGCAGUUAUUAUUAUCUUAUCAUUAUUCUUCCUGUUCACCGAUGAUAGUCGUACCAUUUGUUUUUAUUAUUUCAUAAGAAACGGUCAGUGACAAAUUACAUUCUUGGUCGCGAAGUUGUGCGCUAUCUGGUCGCCUUUAAAACUUGUAAGACAAGGCGAUCAGGAUCAACGUAAUGCAUCGCUUCACCGUCGACUCGCUGAUGAUGCUUCAGAUACGCAACAUCAUUGUACGUCCUCGCAGUGCCGAUGGAAACCAAUGGACGCAAUGUCUCGUCGCGCUCCUAAUGAAUUUCCUAUUAAUCUGCAAUUUCGCAGUUGUAUUCGCCUAUAAUAUCGACAUGAUUCACCCAAUAAUAUAUCCGAGCAGCGCGACCAAUCUGCACCAAUAUUUCACCACGAAAUUCACGCGCGGUUAUUUCGGCUAUUCGGUGCUGCUGCAUCGUGACUCAUAUCGGAACUCCAUGUGGUAAUGUGGUAAUGUGUUAAAACUCGUGAGACAAGACGGACAGGAUCAACGUAGUGCGCGUGGUUUCAACGUCAAUUCGCCGAUGUGAUGACGCUUCAAAUGUGUGACGUCGUUGUUCGUUCUCGCAGUGCCGACGGAAACUCGUGGAUCCGAUCUCUCAUCCCGUCCCUAAUGAAUUUCCUAUUGAUCUGCAAUUUUGCAGCAGUGUCCGCCUACAAUGUCGACACGAUACACCCGAUAAUAUAUCCGAACAGCGCGACCAAUCUGCACCAAUAUCUCACGACGAAAUUCGCGCGCGGUUACUUCGGCUAUUCGGUGCUGCUGCACCGUGACUCACAGAGCAAUUCCGCAUGGCUGUUCGUGGGCGCACCUCGUGGAAAUUAUACUAAGCCGACACGCAGACAGUUGCAAUAUAUAACUGAGCCCGGUGUGGUUUACCGGUGCGCUUUGCCGGGUCCAUGCGUGGAGAUCGAGCCGGCUGUUUUCGAGGAUGAAUAUGCACCCGUGUACAAUUUACAAGGUCGUAUAAUGAAGGAGCACUCGUGGUUCGGCGGUGCGAUGUCGAUCGAGAGGAACAGUGGCUUCUUGACGAUAUGCGCACCUCGAACGAUUAUGAGUAUUUUGAGAUAUAGCGGCGCUGAAUCGUACACUAUGCACGGCAUGUGCUAUAACAGUCAGGUGUUCUGGAACACAACGGUGGACACGGAUAGAUCGUAUAUCGAACGUUAUGAUUUUACGAAGGAAUGGUGGUAUGAUCCAAUGCAUGGUUUCUCCAUCACCUAUGCGCCGUCGCAAAAUGAAUACGCAAUCAACCGUGUUAUUGGAGCGCCGAAUCACGACAUAAGCGGUUCCGUCACUAUGGUGCAACUCGCGAGACCGAAAUUUGAAAAUGAGAACUACAGAAUGACCACGGAUACACCGAUAUGGGACAUUAUGUCGCGAUUUGGCUAUUCAACAACCGCGGGAUAUUACUUCAACCGAACUAGAUUCUUUUACGCCUCCGGAGAUCCAUCGUGGAACCACAUAGGACAGGUAGUCGUGCUCGAACCGAAAAGAGAUCCGCUCAUGGUUACGAAUCUCCACGGCAGCGACAUCGGCGAAUAUUUCGGCGCGAGUUUGGCCACCGGCGAUUUAAACAGAGACGGCUUGGACGACCUCGUCGUCGGAGCGCCACAUUGGAAAAACGAUAACGGCAGGAUUCACAUAUACUUGGGUACAUCCGAGCAGGAACAUUUCGACAAGUCGGUGAUUUUAGAAGGCGUCUAUGAGGAUGCGCAGUUCGGCUACGCGGUGGCGUGCGGCGAUCUAGACGGAGAUGGUUUCAGUGACAUCAUAGUGGGCGCACCUUGGGAGGAGUCCGGUGCAAUUUACAUAUACAACGGCGGCGAGAGUUUGAAGGACAACGUGAAACCUACCGCGUCGCAAAGGAUCACGAUACAAUCAUCCGCUCAUAGUCUCCCGACGCUGGACAUACGGACCUUCGGAUUCUCGAUAGCUGAACCGAUCGACGUCGAUGCCAAUGGGUACGUAGACAUCGCGGUAGGCGCGUACAAAUCAGGACAUGCUGUGAUAUUACGAAGCAGACCGGUCGUAAGAACGAGCUUGACCGUUCGUACCGUACCGGACAUUUUGCAGAGGAACGUCAGCAACUUUUUCGUCGAAGUGUGCGUUCAAUAUCGCGACUAUGAUGCAGCGAGAGCCUAUGCUUUCAAGAUCUCUUUGACCAUAGACGAAAAACAUAAGCGUACCAAAAUGACUUCACUGGAGUUAUUCUCAGUGAAUAUACUACGUGAUAAAUGUGUGAAUACGAGUAUUACACUUUCGAAAAACAUUCAAGAUUUUAUCGAGCCAAUUACUAUUUACGCGCAGCAUGAGUUUACCCAAAAAGAUUCACCUGCGCACGAUUUCUGCAAGACCUGCCCGGUCGAACGCAAGAGUGACACGUCGAAAGGCGCGCAGACUUUACUUUCCUUCGAUAUCGGAUGUGGAGCGGACAGAGUCUGCAACUCCAACAUAACCGCGAUUGUGAAAUUUUCUGGCGUCAGAAAUAAUAAUUCGUGGAUUAUCGGAUCCAACGAUAUCACCCUAACGGCGUCCUUAGUGAAUCACGCUGAGCCAUCGUAUCUCACGAUGAUCACGUUUACUCUCCCGUACGGCAUAGUACUGCGCAGUAUCUUACCUUCUUGUCAGGAGGAUACGGUCGGAAACAAGCUGGCGAUUACCUGUAAUGUCGGUAAUCCACUUGGGAAAGAUGAGCUGAAAAUUGUAAAACUGGAUUUGGAUAUGAGACAAUUCACCGACGGCUCGCUACACGGGGAAGUUCUGGAGUUCACCACGGAGAUAUGGACUCGCAGCGUGAAUCGUGGCAUGCGUACAAUUAAAUCCUUGCUCACUUUGCAGAGCGAAGCGUUCCUGUCAUUGAGUGGAAAAGCGAACGAGGAAAGUUACCAUUUACCCAACUUGGACAAGGAGCAAUUGAACGUGAGCUUUCAGCAUACAUAUCAAAUAUUGAAAUCCGGCGCGACGCCGAUAAAAAGAGCGCGACUUCUCGUGAACAUUCCAACGUAUGUGAACGGCUCAGGUCCUUUAGUAUUUCUACAUAAGCCAAGGAUAUACUUAGCUGGGGAAUAUCGCGAUUGUUUGUCGCUUGGGAUAGAUGUGAUAGAUGCUCAACAGAAUGAGUUUCAAGACGAAAUAGCGUCGGACGUGUCCAAUGUGGAUAUGCCUAUAUUCGAUAAUAUGACGCCGCGAAGUGUACCGCGUGAAUUGCGCAAGAGAGAUAUAAACAGCCAUAUGACUCUGGGGACUCGCCUCGUUCAGGCAUUGUACACCAUGAGAAUGAUAAAACUCGAGAAUUCAAUCGGCAAUCUGACCCGACAGGAUGUCGUGCAUCUGAACUGUUCGUCGCCCAACGUGAAUUGUUCGAUGGUGCAUUGCGAUCUGAGCGCACUGAAGACACAACAGAAUAUCGGCAAAUUUGUGAUGAGACUGAUUCUAAAUGCUACAGAGCUCAGAGAUGCUAUUGGACUAUCGAACGAAACGAAGAUCGUGAAGUUCACCACAGAAGCUCAUGUCGAGAUCGUACAGCCGGUUAAUAGAAUCGCCAGCGCGGAAGACACUAAGUGUGACAUGAAUCUCACGACGGAAUUUCACAGCACCGCAAAGACACAGGAACUGCAACUGUGGGUUGUGUUCGUAUCGGUCUCGCUGGGUCUAAUUCUAUUGUGUGUCUUCAUUAUCUUAUUAUACAUGGCGGGUUUCUUCAAAAGGAAGAUGAAAGAGGAACUGACUGCUUUAAAAAACAACAAAAUAACAGGAGAUGUGAACAAAGGCGAAAUCACAGAUACACCCCAAUGAAGGAUACUUUGUACAUCUCUACUCCACAACUGUUGUGAUAUAUAUUUUAUAAAAUAAAGUAAUAAAAAUGAAAAGGCAAAUGAAUAAAAUCGAGUUACAAAAAUUUA